AAUAUAUACUUCAACUACACAGGUGUUAGGAAUGUGCUGUCAAGGCCUGAUCAUGAGAUAGUCGUUGAUGGAACCAAGAUUGCACUCAAAAUUCAAAGCAGCCAAGCACCCCCUGGUAUUUCAAAGUCUUCAUCUUCAGAAGUGCGUCCAGAUUGUAAUGAUUCUAACUCCUUUGUCCUUGUCAGUCGGAAUGACAUCCACAAAGAUACAGAAAUGAGAGCAGAACAGAAACAAGAAUGUCAAUAUGGUGACGACAAGAUGAAACUCAGAAUGAGAUUAACAAGUGCCUCAGGGGAUACACAGCAAGGGGGACAACGCAAUGCAGCCUUCUUUGUUCCACAGGGUGACUCACAACAUACAUCACGAGAGAAAAAAAUGAAAGUUGAUCCUACAAACCAAGUAUCAUUUGAUGCACAAAGUCGUUACGCUCCCCCUGGUCGAGGAACACAACAUCGUACUGACUCGAGUAAUCAAAGAGGAAGUGAUGACAUGUAUGGUAAAGAUGAACAUCACCAGGUAUCAUUUGAUGCACAAAGUCGUUACGCUCCCCCUGGUCGAGGAACUCAACAUCGUACCGACUCGAGUAAUCGAAGAGGAAGUGAUGACAUGUAUGGUACAGAUGAACAUCACCAGGUUGGAAAAGCAGACACCAUCAAACAAGAUCAGCAGAUGAAAAAACAUCCAGGAGCAGCACAAAGGAAAAAUCAAGAUUCUUCUUUCAAAACAGAUAGUGGCAUCAAAAAGGAAAACUUACAAGAUGAUCCAGAGGAAGAUGAACCAGAGGAAGAUGAGCAACUGAUUGAAGUGACUGGCUUCAAACAGUCCACAGAUGAUGAGGCCAUUGGACUCUAUUUUGAGAACGGUCGUAAAUCUGGAGGAGGGGAAAUAGAGAAGACGGAGAGAGAUUCAAAGACUGGUGCCAUCAGAAUUACCUUCAAGGACCAAUCAGUUACUUCUAAAGUGGCUGUGAGCAAGCACAAGCUAUUAGGCGACACACUGAAAGUCAAACUCAUCACCAAGAAGAAACAUCGUCCACUUCCAAUCGAGGCACGAUGUCUGUUUCUAGAAGGUAUACCAGAUGGCUGCUCCUCUGAGCAUGUGACGCUCUUCAUUGAAAAUAGAGCAUCCAUGGAGGAGGAACCCAAAAUCCAAUAUGGAGAGAAGCCCGGAACAGCUAUUUGUACAUUCCCACGUGAUAUCCCAGACCUGGAGAAUGUAAUCAGAAAAAUUUCUCAGAGAAAACUGCAAGGUGCUUCAGUGAAGGCAGAGAAAGUUCAUUAUUCUGACGCCAUCUUAGUGCAAGGAGUUCCACAAGAUUUGGAAAUGGUUGAGUUGUAUUUCGACAACAAGAAGAAGAGCGGCGGCAGUGGAGUGAGAGAGGUACAACUAGGACCCAUGGAUGGACAGGCAAUCGUCUACUUCGAAGACUGGAAGGUGGUUCAGGAUGUUUUAAGAAAAGGUCAUCAUAAACUCAGUGGUAAAGAUUUGCAGAUUGAAUCAUAUCAUGACUUCCUGGGAAGACUGAGCCCGCUUGACGCCCCAACUCCACAUAUCCCUAAACCAGUGUCGAUUAAAGUACAGGAAUCUAUUAUGGAUUUCCUAUAUGGGAAAGGUGCGAAUACUAAGAAGAAGUUGCUGAAAGACUUGGCCAAUGUGAAAGCCAAUCUGCUGUGGCCAGAUGGUUCUCAGAAGUCUCAAGCAAAACUAGAACCAGUAGUAGAUGACUCCCAGCACCAAUCAUCAUGGUUGAACUGGGAAAAGGAAGCUGUUGAUGUUCUGACCGACUUCAUGAGAGGAUACAAAACAGCCAGAGUUCCAGUUCCGCAAACACUGUGGAAGGAUGCUGCUGAUAAACUGCAGAAGAUGACUACAACUUGCUCGAUGUUCACAGAUACUCGACUUCAUGAAGUGAUACUGGUCGGAGAGCAACGAGAUGUUGAUGUCACUGAAGCAACAAUCAAUGACAUCAUCAAGAAGUUACAGAAGGAGGCUGACUAUGAUGCUGAGCAAACAAAAGAAGAAAUCAACUGGGAUUUGGAGAAGCUGCAGCUCUUUACCUUGUGUGGGAUUAAACAGGAGAUCGAAAAGCGUUUUCCAGCUCUGAAGAUUACAGUUUUCAGCUCAUAUGGUAAAACUGGCAUCACACUUGAUGGAAUAAGGAAAACCAUCAAAGACGUGGAGCUAAAGAUAAGGAGGAUGAUGGACAAUUUAGAAAAGACAGAGUUCAAAGCCGGUAGUACUAAGGUACAAUUUGUUCAGCUUGUUCCGGACAAAAUUCAUGAAAUUCUAGGGUCACAGAAUAUUCAUGCAGCAUGCAGUGGAUCAGAUGAUGGGAAGAUCACAAUACACGGUGCUACUACCAGAGAUGUCAGGGAGGCUAAAGCAUACAUCGACAAUGAAAUAGAUGAAGAUACCAUUGCAAUCAAAGGACAGUCUGCUUUAGCUGUCCUACAAGGCCACGAUGGGAAGAGACUUUUGGAUUCAAUCAACAAGCAAAAGUUCGUCGUGGCAGGCAUCAGCCAUGAACCAGGUGCCAAGUGUAUUAAACUUGCAGGAUUUAAGAGUAAUUUGGAUGAAACAAAGAACCACAUCAUGGAUUUUCUCAAGAAAAAUGUCAUCAUCAAAAGCACCAUUCCCUCAAAUAAGAGCAAAAUAUGCCUCAUUACCACAUAUCAUGGUCAGGAGUUGGAAAACUUGAGACAACAACAUCAACAAAAUCUUGUAGUGAUCCAGCCACAGAUGAGUGGAAGGAACAGAGGAUUUAUCAUCCAGGGCAAUGAGGAGGGUUUAGAAGCAAUCCGCCAACUGAUCACUUCACUCUUACAAGCGGUAAAAGAGAAACAGUAUCCUGUAUCCAAGACGGGCAUGGCUAGACUGUUCCGUAAAGAGAAAGGCAAGAAAUUCUUGGAGUCUGUCGAGAAAGAAUUUCAUUGUGUGAUUACCACCGAUUGCAACGAGGAGAGUGAUGAUGAUGAUGAAGACGAGGAGGGAGCUGGACAUGCAUCAACAGCCACUCAGAUACUUUAUAGUGUCACGCUACCAGGGAGCAGAUGCAGGUUAAGAGUGUGUCAAGGAGACUUGACUAGGCAGCGAGUGGACUGCAUUGUGAAUGCUGCAAACGUUGAACUCAACCAUAUUGGAGGAUUAGCUGCAGCCGUUCUUGAAGCAGGUGGAAAUGUCAUACAGACUGAAAGUGAUGACAUCAUCCGGAAACAGAAAGGGCGAAAAUUACAUGUAGGUGAAGCAGUUCUUACUUCUAGUGGAAACCUACCAUGCAAGAAGGUGAUCCAUGUUGCUGGACCCAAAUGGCAAGCUUGGGGAAGGACAAACCGUGGCGGCGGCACAACAGAAGAGCAUCAGCUGUAUGAUGCCGUUUUUAAUUGCCUUCAGCUUGCAUCUGAACUGAAUUUUCAGUCCAUUGCCAUACCUGCAAUUAGCACAGGAGUGUAUGGCUUCCCUGUUCAGCUUGCUGCAGAGCAAAUCUUGAAUGCUUUGGGCCAAUUUGUUUGGACAACACCAAAUUCCAGCAUCACAGAUAUAAGCCUGACCAACCAUGAUCAGCCAACUUGUGCUGUUUUCAAGCAAGCUGUUGUGACCAGAUUCUCUAGCUUUCUGGAUGACCAAGCUGCAGGCACUGAUGUUGAUGUUACCAUGGCUGCAACGGCUGGUGGUCCAGAUAGAAACAGAGCCAUCCCAGUUGGUCUACCAAACCCAGCAAUAGAAACACCAAGAUUCACUGUUUCUGGACUGAAUGUAGUAACACUGGAAGGCCUGACCAUCAAGAUGACCAAGGGAAGCAUUGCAGUGGAAGCGGUUGAUGUUAUCGUAAAUACAGCGGGUAGCGACAUGAACCUGACAAGUGGGAAAGUAUCCCAGGCAAUAUCCCAAGCAGCGGGGCCCACCCUCCAGCAAGAAUGCAACACAUUGAUAGCUGCUCGGGGCAAUGUAGCAUCUUGGUUGUUUGUGGAAACAGGACCAGGUCUUCUUACCUGCAAGAAGAUAUAUCAUUGUGUAUGUGAAGGAUAUAAGCAACUCCAAUCUGAGCAGUCUUUGAAGAAGCUUGUUCUAGGACUAAUGGUAAAUGCUUCCAACAAUGGCAUGACCUCAAUAGCAAUCCCUGCACUUGGAACAGGAAACCUGAGUUAUCCACCCGCUGCCACUGCUUGCUGCAUGUAUGAGGCAGCUUUUGAAUUCAGCAGCCAACAUCCAAAUGGAUCACUGAAGGAUGUGCGCUUUGUUGUGUAUGACAAAGACAUUGCAACUAUCAAGGGAUUUGAGGACGAAAUUCAACGACUUGAUCCUUUAUCGCCUGGAGCCAUUGGAGGAUCUACUGGAGGAGCCACUGGAGGAGCUACUGGAGGUGCCAAUGGAGGAGGCACAGGAAAUACCAAGAAGAAGAAGAGGUUGAAGAAAGGGAGAUCAAAUUCAUCAGCAGUUGUAACUGACCGGGAGUCCUACUCGGAAGUAAGAGAAGGAUCACCAGGGAUUCUACAAACCAACAUUGGCUCAGUGUGUCUUCAAGUCCAACAAGGGGAUCUUGUGCGAGAAACAACUCAUGCAAUUGUUAACAGCGUUGGAAAGGGCUUAGACUUGCAAGGACCUGUUUCUCAAGCUAUCUUGAAGAAUGGCGGACAAAGUAUAAAGAAGCAAUGUGAUAUUCUUGCAAAAAAAGAUCCAAAUGCCAGCAUAUAUGUCACUGGAGCAGGUAGCCUUCUCUGCAAGUCAAUUGUCCAUGUUGUUACUCCUAAAACACCAGAGCAGAUCAAGGCUGUAGUAGCUAAGGCUUUACAACGGGCCGAGAAGGAUGGCUUCCAAUCUCUUUCUUUCCCAGCUCUGGGGACAGGCAAUCUUGGUCAAUCAGUGGCUUCCUGCGCAGACAUUAUGUUGAAAGCCAUUGGAGAAUUUGCAUGUAAAAAGAAGCCACAGCACCACCUGCGCCUGAUUCGGCUGGUUAUCUUCCAGCGGGAAAUGCUUACAGACUUUCAAAAGGGUUUGAAAGAGGAGGUGGGUCAUUCCUAUAAACAGAGCAAAGGGAUCCUGCAGAGAGGAUAUGAAUUUAUAACUAAGAAGGUUACGUCUGCUGUAUACGGUGCUGAAGGUGUUGAAGAUGACCAGACAGAAGAAGACCUUCAAGAAACGGUCAUUCUACAGCUCAGUGCCAUGGAUAUGAACUCCUUGAUGAAGGCUUCGGACAAACUUGAUACAUUUCAAGCUGAGGAAUUUCUAUCUGAAGAUUUACCAGAUGUGAUGGGACUGCUUGACAAAAUGACAACGGAACACAAAGCUGAACUUAAACAAAUCGGAAAGAAGCGUGAUGUACGUACUUCUAAAGGUCGGGCCAAGUUCAUCCAUGUGGAGGGAUGUAAAUACAAUGUCAAGGAUGCCUUACUGGAAAUUUCACAGUUGUUCACAAGAAUUCAAAAGGAGGAGACAGAGAAGCAAAAGAUGGAACACCUCGCAAAAGAAGUCAAGUGGAAGUACAGCACCCCAUCAGGUAUGGAGGACUAUGAUGAAGAGGUUAAUGCCCUCCUAGAGGAGGCUUACCAGAAGAAAAAGCCAAAUUUAACACUUGAUCUGGAAGAAGGAAGAGCAGUCAUCGACUUCCAACAGAUGCAGGAAAGAUCAAAUGGAAUCGUAGCAAAUGUCCAUCGUGUCGACCUGAAAAGUGCUGCCAGAUUUGAACCACCAAGUAACUGGAUACCGAUGACGAAAGGUGUGUCGAACAAAACGGUAAAGCUUACUGCUGGAUCUGCUGAGUACACAACUGUAGAAACCAAGUUUCUUACAUCUGUGGGUGCUGCUGUCACAAUUUGUGAGAUAGAGAGAAUUCAAAGCCAAGAUUUGAUGAUGCAGUAUCAAGCCCGUAGAGCGGCACUAGAGAAUCGCCUGAAUAGAACUAAUAAUAUUGAGAUGGUUCUCUACCAUGGAACAGAUGAGCAAACCUCAAAAAAAAUCAGUACACAGGGAUUCAACCGCAGCUUUUGUGGGAAGAAUGCAACUGCAUAUGGAAACGGCACCUAUUUUGCUGUCGCAGCAAGCUACUCUGCAAGUCCUCAAUAUGCUAAACCAGAUGUGAAUGGCACAAAGCAUAUUUUUGUCACAAAUGUUCUCGUUGGAGAUUUCAUCAGAGGCAGCCAUGGAAUGAUAACUCCACCUCCAAAACCACAGAAUCCUGCUGAACUGUUUGACAGUGUGGUCGACAACAUGAAUGCUCCUGGCAUUUAUGUCAUAUUUCAUGAUGCACAGGCAUACCCAGAGUAUCUUAUCAAAUUCCAGUAACAAGGAACCAGUGCGCAUGCCUUUGUCUUUACAUGAUUUCAGGCUUUUUUUUAUCGACUUCCCUUCACUUUGAAUAGUUCUGGAAAUAUGUUUUCUAGAAAAUGCGACAACAGAAAAAAGCCUUUAUGAUCAAAUUUACCUCUUGAAAUGAAUGGUUAUGUAGUCUGUAAACCUGUAAUUGAUACAUUGCAUGCUGUAACAUUAAGCAAUCUUUGUUGGCUGUUUCCCAUUUUCAAGAUUUGUUAUCAUUGUACAAUUACAAUCCAUGUUGUGUGUUAAAAAAUCGUGUAAGAUAUAAACUGAUGCAACUCUUAUACUAUUUAAAACCAUUUUGCUAGCAUGUCACCUUGCCUGAAUCCCCCAAUAUUCGCUUAGCCUAUGUCACAGACCGAAUUGUCUGGACUUGGAUGAGAGUGGAAUUGGGCGGACCAUACGGCACCAGUCCUUCCCCGGAACUUUGGCAAUUGGGUAGAAGGAUUUGAGACUUAAAGGGUUUUAAACAUAAUAUCCAUACAGUAGAAUGUUCAAAUUAUCACUUUUGAUGUGUUUUUAAGAUCGAUUGCUUGGUUAUUAUAUGUCUAAUGGGUUUCAAACAUUUUGCAUUUCUAACUUGUUUCCAUGGGUACACUUCCUUUAGGGCGAGUCACACUGCAGCGAUAACGAAAACAA